AUGGCUGCAAAACGGAUUCCAUAUCGGAUCUCGUGGCAUUUUGCCCUGAUCCUCGAAUUGACUUGCAUUGAAGCCCUUCGCGACUCAGACCUGAACUUCCGCACGCUUACGACCUCCCAGGAGUGCCCAGAGACCUGCACAUCGCCUUCUGGCCGCAGUGGCUCCUACGAGCUGCACGGCGAAGCCGCUAAAAGCCUUGGUAAGGCCAAGUACUUUGUGAGCACCGACUGUGCAGCUGCCUUGGCCGAUCGCAGCCCCACUGCCAACCUCGUGCCCUGGAUCGAUGCGGAGGACCCUCUGAAUGGCUCCUUCGUGGCAGUCUUCGUAGACCCCGUCCUCAUUAACAAGAUCCGUGCUGGGACGUCGGACAAAGCCAAGCUCUGUGCAGCUCAGAGCGACGAGGCCCAUUGCGUUUGCAAGCUGACGGGUGAACGGCCGCUGGGUGUGCUGGGACGCAUGUUGGUGGCACUUCCCCACUCGAAGAAAGCGCAGGCACUGCAGAUUUCCAUGGAGAGCUGCCCGGAGGGCGUGCCUGACCUCCUGGCUGGCACUGUGCUGGCAAGCCUCGUCUUGACUCUUGGCGUGUCUGUCUGGAUGCUGCACAUGGCCCGGGCCAGAGAGAGGCUGCAGGAGCCCGUGGCGCCUCCUCAGAUUCUUGCGGAGGUGAAGAGCCCGAUGCACAACUUCCUCAGCAGCUACUCCUGGGCAGCCGGCUUUCUCCUCUCCUUGAUGGCCUUGCAGACGGGCGCCCUGGCAGUGGUCCGGAAGUCCUCCGAAGAAGAGGCGCCCGUGUGGAUCGUCGCGGCCUGCCCCGCCGCCCUGGCACUUGCAGCUGCCCUGCGCCUGUCGCAGCUUCUCGCGAAGAAGCAGCUGGUACACGCAUUCCUGAAGUGGAACAUAAUCAUCACUGAUUUGCCGGAUGACGUAAUCCUCGACGCCGUGCUCGUGGUCGGCAUCCUUGCAUACUUCCUCUUCGUCCUCUACCUCGUGAGCAUCGACUUCCAGACACUGGUGUUCGCCUUGACCGCUCUGGGCGGAUCAUUGUGGACGGUCCUCAAAGCGGUGAGCACUGCGAGGGACUUGGACCAAGGUUUACAACUCGUCGAGAUCAACCCGGCAUCGCUUGUGAGGAGCGCGGAAUCGCUGAGCAUGAAGCCGCUACCCUGGGCGACACUGCUGGCGCUCAGCAGAAUGGAGGACCUUCGCAAGCUCUUGGAGUCGGACUCCCCCGGCACCGGAUCUGCGCUUUCCCCGAAAGCAUCGUCCCCCAGGUGCUGGACAUCUGUAGCUCGGCAGGGGCCCCUGCUCCGUUUCUUGAGCCGCUCCCAUACCGGCUUCCUCGCAUUGCCGGCCUUCCUGGCCCUGGUGGCAUUCUCCUGCUGCGUCUCUGCUGGGCACAUGGCGGCCUAUGCCUGUUCGGCCGGGGAGCUCGCUGACCUGAAGCUGGCCAGCUCCUUGCACUCCCUGGACUUCCUGCCGUGGCAGACUCGCUAUGAAGUCACCAGCGACGUCUCCUUCACCAAAUUGGCCCUGAUGGCUUGGGUCCAGCCCCCUACCACGCGCCUCAUCUCCAUCACCCAGCCGCAAGCCACCAGCAUGCCCCCCUCCAGCCCCCGAGUCAUUGCCGUUGACGAGAAGCAAGGCGCGGCAGUCGAAGGAAUCCAGCUGGCGCACCGGCACAUUCCUCGGGUUGCCACGGUGGGUGUUCAGGGCCUCCGGCCUUCUCGCCCCGAAACCACAUACGAAGUGCGCUUCUCACCAUCGGCCACCAUGCCGGCAGCCCUCAGGAUCACCGCCCAGGACUUCAAUAGAACCAUCGCCUGGUCGUCCUUGCCGGGAUCGAUGUUCAGCAUCCCAGAAGGUCUCCAAGACUUCCACUUCGAGGUGCAGCUCGCGGACUUCCUCCUGGGCCUCCCGAAACCCCACAGCCAAGGACCCGCUACAGGGCAGCUUUGGACAGCCUACCGUCACCACCCGAAUGCAACGGAGGAGAGCUGCAGGAAAGACUGCGGCCACGACCUGGAAUGCUUGGAGUCCUACGUGGGACCGGGGGGCUGUUACGGGGUCCUCUCCGACCGAGAACAGUGGGAAUCCGGUGACCUCCCAGAGGAUCUCUCAAGCUCGCUGCAAGCCGCAGAGAAGAGCCUCAGGGGCCGCUUGAGCGGUUGUCGGCUAGGGGAGGACCGAGCAGAGGCAGAGGCCAAGCGAGGCAAGACGCAGUGCGGCGAUGUGGAGAUGAAGGCAAGCCACCUCCAGCUCCCCUUCGGCAGAGUCCGGCCAGAUUGGGCCAGUCGCCUCGCUACGCUCAACUUCGCUUUGGAAUUGGAGAUAGGCGGACAGAAGUUCGAGGCCGAGGCAAUACCCAUCUCCUUCAGGCAAGGGGCGCCACCUCCAAGCGACUCCAUGGCCCUGCUGCUCGGACAGAACGGCAGCGGCACGUUCGUGCUGAAAACCGAGAGCUCCCUGGACGUGCAGGGCAACGUGGUCGUCUCCAUCUCCAAGUACGACCCGCUUGCCUUCGAGAAGCUCCGCUUGCUGGUGAUGCCGAUGCUGCCCGACCCGGCCUUCCGGGCCAACUGGUCCCAGUGGUCUGGUUCCACAAAGGCAGACCAAGAGCUCCUGCAGAGGCACGGGCGCUGCUUGGAGAGCGCUCAAGUCCGCUCUCGGUACAGAAUCUGCGGUGCGUACGACGGCGCCAACCACAGCUCCGGCCUGGGAGAUGAACCCCUGGCUGUGCAGCUUGACCCGCUCCAGGGGCAGAUGGACGCCCCUCGCCACUUUACGGUGGUGCCACGUAAAGCGCGCGAGUGGGGUUUCUCGCCUUCGGAACAGCGCACUGUCGUCUUGCAGUAUGACGGAGUGGACAGCCCCGCUGCCUGGGCAGCUCAGUUGCACGGAUGUUCAGUUGUGAAUGUGAGCACGAAAGCUGAAGGCGCCGUCCUUUCCUCGACUGACGCGCUAUGUAAACUCCUCACCACUUGCCAUGCACAUCUGUGCGAGCAAGUGCGGAAUCAAAGCCUGGGUGGCCAGAAAAUAAGUGUCCCGUGGUCAUUCGAUUACGUCCACCCACCUGCUCUGCUGUCGCCAGAUGGCACCGUGAAGCUCUUAGCCUGCAUGGAAGGGGCAGCUCCAGCCUGCAGCGAACGCAUUGGCAAGCGCUGGCUCUACAAGCAGGGAUGGGUUGGCAUGCAGGGCUACAGCCUGGCGUUCCCCGUGAAGUCCUUGCUGAAGCAAGCGACCAACGGCACCGCGCUGAGCCUGCUGAAAGAGGUCCACAGCAACUUGACCCAAGAGGAAGGCAAGAGCUUCGAUGAGUACGCUGCGCGGGAGGUCUGGCGACUGCCAGAGCUGUCAGGUGACCUUCUCGCCACACUGGCGGCCCUAGGCGACCAAAUGCCCAAGGACCUGGCAGACGCUUUGCUAAAGAGCCCCUUGGGCACGAUGCCACCCGUGACGCUGCAGGUGCAGGCGGCCUUCGCCCACCUGACGGACCUGACGGUGCAAUUGGAGGAUGCGGCCCAGCUCGGGCAGCUGGGCGCGCUGGCGCAGCUCGCGCCGAAGCUGCGAGAGCUCCGCCUCGGCUGCAUCCGGUGUCCGGCGGAGCGCAAGACGGUGGAUCCCGAGGCUCUGCGGCUCUUCGCCCGGCUCAGCGGUCUCCGCGAGUUGAAUUUCGUCGAGUUCCGGCUCUUGAAACUUCCAGAGGAGGCCUUCGGAAGCCUCGGAGAGCUGACGAGUUUGGCUCUGUCCCACAACCAACUGCAGAGCCUGGAGCCUAACGCUUUCCAGGGGCUCAGAGGGCUGAAGCGGUUGGAUCUGUACCGCAACCAACUGCAGAGCCUGGAGCCUAACGCCUUCCAGGGGCUCAGAGGGCUGAAGGGGUUGUUUCUGUCCCGCAACCGGUUCCAGAGCCUCAAGCCCGGCACUUUCCAGGGGCUCAGAGGGCUGGAGGUGUUGGCUCUGUCCGACAACCAACUGCAGAGCCUGGAGCCCGGCGCUUUCCAGGGGCUCAAAGAGCUGAAGCGGUUGGCUCUGGACGGCAACCAACUGCAGAGCCUGGAGCCUAGCGCUUUCCAGGGGCUCCAAGAGCUGACGGAGUUGGCUCUGUCCCGCAACCGGUUGCAGAGCCUCAAGCCCGGCACUUUCCAGGGGCUCCAAGAGCUGACGGAGUUGGCUCUGUCCAACAACCAACUGCAGAGCCUGGAGCCUAGCGCUUUCCAGGGGCUGAGAGGGCUGAAGCGGUUGUAUCUGGAAGGCAACCAACUGCAGAGCCUGGAGCCUAACGCCUUCCAGGGGCUCAAAGAGCUGAAGCAGUUGGCUCUGUCCGACAACCGGUUCCAGAGCACCCCAGCGAUCUGCAAGGAAGAGGGAGUGCACUGCUAA